AUGCUCGAGCUCGAGGAAAGUUUCGACUACCUCAUCAAGGACAGCGGUAUUAAGUAUACACUGGAGGAACUCACACAACACCGUGAAGAGUUCAUUACCGCAUACCGCGCGGCAUCCAAGGCGGCCGCUGGCAAACCGGUUAUUGCUUCGGGCCCGAGUGGUGGUUUAUCGGGAUUAUUCUCGAUGUCUCGUCCAAUGUUAAUGGACAGUUUGGCGGAUGCAUUAAAUCAAGGGCAGAAGACUUGGGUUGCUUCAUCCAAGCAGGAGAGGUUCAAAGGUGCCUCCGUGUUCGAUGUCAAAGCUCUUUGCGGAACAAUUCUGAAUGGGCCUUCGAAGUUGCCUAAGAAGCCUGCCAGUGAAUCAACGGCUCUGAGUAACCUGCCCGAUAGAUUCGACGCACGAGAACACUUCAAAAACUGUGCCACUGUCAUCGGCCAUGUCAGGGAUCAGUCCACCUGUGGUAGCUGUUGGGCUUUUGCGACGUCUGAAGCAUUCAGCGAUCGUCUGUGCAUCCGCUCGAGUGGAGAGUUUGACCUGGUACCUCUUUCUGCUGGUCACACUGCGGCAUGUUGCUCAGAAGCAGAAGGUUGCUUUUCAUUUGGUUGCGAUGGUGGUCAACCUGAUAGCGCAUGGCGAUGGUUCAGUGAGCAUGGCGUAGUCUCAGAGCUGGAUUCUGGAUGCUGGCCAUAUAACUUCCCGGAGUGCUCGCACCAUGUCGAGACGAAAGGCAUGGAGCCGUGCAAGGGGAACAGCCCUUCACCAGUUUGCUCCACUACGUGCCGCAAUCAUCAUUUCAAACCAUCGUUCGAGAGCGAUCGCCAUUUCACCGAAGAUGAAGGUUACAGCCUCGAUGAAGUCGACGAGAUAAAGAAGGAAAUCAUCGAUAAUGGGCCGGUUGCAGCCGCAUUUACUGUCUACGAAGAUUUCCUAUACUACAAGUCUGGCGUCUACAAGCAUGUUAAUGGCUCUGAGUUGGGUGGUCAUGCAGUUAAAAUAAUUGGAUGGGGCACUGACCAAAAUGAACAGUAUUGGUUGGUUAUGAACUCCUGGAACGUUAACUGGGGUGAUCAGGGAAUAUUCAAGAUCGCCAUUGGUGAAUGCGGAAUCGAUUCUGAGGUCACUGCCGGUAUCCCCAAGUACGAGAGAACAAGCGGAGUGGAGCAAUCUGAAAUUAUGCUAUAA